GAACGUGCGGAGAAAAUAUUUUUUAGAUUAGUUGUCCAUCAAUGACUUUAUAAAUUUAAAAUUAAUGUAACAAUAUUCAGAGAAUGUUUCAAAUAGGAAUGUUAGUGAAUAUUAAAUUGACAUAAGUUAAUUUAGAAUAUUAGUUCAAACAACUUCUCACAUUUUGAAACCCUUCUAAGUACGCAAAUAUGAAUACCAACACUACAAAAUCUGGUACUCCACAAACUCCAUCCAGCCUAUUAAAAAAAUUAAGCAGAGUAUCCAUAUCCGAACAGCGCGAUUGGAGUGUAACAAAGAAUGAAGGAUCAAAAUUGCUCCUAAAGAGAGCUAUUUUAGCAGAGAAAACGGAUAAAAGUUCUCCAAAGAAAACAACCCCUAAAUCCAAAACAAAAUUAUCAGAGACACCUAGAAGCUCCAAAAAAGUAAGCCAAAGAAAUCUUGAGGAAGUGCUGUUGAUGGAAUUACAAGAAAAUUCGGAUGAUGAAUUACCAACUUUAAUAAUAAAACAGCAUACUCUCACAACUCCGAAAAGAAAGCAGUCAUUAUCAAAAAUUAGCGAUGACACUCCUAAGAAGAUCUUAACAUUCAAUGAUGAGCAAAAAGGUACUUAUGCAACAAGAUCAGGACGUAUAACCAAACAACCAAUAAACUAUCUAGAAGGUGAAAUAUCACCAGUGAAACGUACCCCCAGAAAACCUGUCAGAAAGUUUUCGGAGAGCGAUGAUGACUUUACACCUUUAAAGACACCAAAAACACCUAGUACAUCGAAAACACCAAGAAUUACAAAAACACCUAGAUCCCAAGCAAAGAGUGUAUCCAAAAGAAUAUUAGUUAAUCAAUUAACACCAACCCUACGUGCUAGGAUUCACUCAGUUGACAAUAUUUGUGAUUAUGUAAAUGAGAACAAAGCAUUGCCAGGCAGAGAAAGUCAAAUGGAUGAAAUUCUUUCAUUUGUUAGAUCAAAACUUUUAGAUGGGACUAGUGGGUGCAUAUACAUAUCAGGAGUACCAGGUACAGGUAAAACUGCAACAGUGUCUUCAGCUCUGCAGAUCUUAAAAAAAGAAGUUAAUCUACCAGAAUUCCAGCUGGUUGAGGUCAACGGCAUGAGAUUAGCUGAACCAAGGCAGGCCUUUGUUCAGAUAUACAAACAGUUAACUGGUAAAUCAGUAGUAUGGGAGCAGGCUUGCUCAUUACUUGAGAAGAGAUUUACUAAUAUGGGCCCAAGAAGAACCCCUACUGUUUUACUUGUUGAUGAAUUGGAUGCUCUGUGUACCAGAAGACAAGAUGUUCUCUACAGCAUAAUGGAAUGGGCGUCUCAUAAUACUGCUCUACUCACAGUGCUAGCCGUGGCCAACACAAUGGACUUACCGGAGAGAGCAUUAGCAUCUCGUGUGGCGUCGAGACUGGGUCUAACCAGACUGACCUUUCCCCCUUACACUCACACACAGCUUCAAAAGAUAGUGGCUACUCGACUAGCUGGAGCUAAUGUUACUCCUGAUGCUGUGCAGUUAAUCGCAAGGAAAGUCGCUUCGGUAUCUGGUGACGCUCGUCGUGCCCUCACCUUGUGCUCGCGAGCGCUAGAGCUGGCCGGACCUGAAGGCGCCGGGCUGAAGGAAGUGCAGCAAGCACUAGCCGAAGCUGCUUCUAGCGCGCCCGUUAGAGCCAUCAAAAGCUGCUCCCCUGCUGAAAGACUCAUGCUCAGAGCUGUAGCUGCUGAGGUCGAAAGAACAGGGUCGGAUGAAACUACUUUAUCAAGAGCUCUGGCAACUGCUGCUGCCAUCAUAGCACUAGACGGGCGCCCAUACAGAUCUGCACCCAACAUUCGAGCUCCCACGCCCUCACAAGCGCAAGCUAUAUGUGCUAGACUUGGCGCUAUGAGAUUAUUGUUAUUGGAGCCUAAACCGACUGAGCCCAGGCUACUGUUGAAUGUUAGUCCCGAUGACGUGCAUUACGCGACAAGACAAAUAACCGCCUAGAAUUUCGCAGAAAAUUCUAGUAACAUUUGAAGAUUUCUCAGAGAUUCAAGCAUGGUACCUGACGUAGAAUUGAAAUCGGUCAAAUCAAACUACUUGAGGUUUUAAUAACAUAAAAAUGUCAAUAUUUAUUUUCUUUUGCUAAUUAUUAAAUGUGAUCAGUUUGAGCUGUGGUAACACAAAAAUUUAAUUUAAGAUAUAAUUUUGUUGAAUGUGGAAUUUAAUGUGUGUGUAAACAAUAAUUACUGUAAGUGAAAAAUCUGUGCUGGUCACAACGCCAUUAAUGAUAAUAAAUUAAGAAUGACAUUAAGAGAUUUUUUAAGGAGCGUUUUAUUGGAUUCCGAGGAAACAUGGAUUUUGUUUGUCCCCACAGAAGUAUUAUCUGUUUCUUCAUUCAGCAAUGAGGUGGAAAAA